CUUCAGGAACACAUUGACAACACAAUGGCUUCACCUCCAGUAUCUCUAGCCAAGGCCAACUCCAUCUUCUCUCUGGGUCUUUUCAAGACACUGAGUGAUGAGGAUAAGACAGGGAAUAUCUUCUACUCUCCUUUCAGCAUCUCUUCAGCUCUGGCCAUGGUGAUGCUGGGGGCCAGAGGAAACACAGCUGCACAGAUGUCAGAGGUCCUGGGCUUCGGUGAGGGAGACCAACCACAGGAGUCAGAAGAACAGCCCAUGGAAGAAGAGCAGACGCAGAUGAAAACGACACUGCCUGCCCUGUAUCAGACGCGGAGCAAUAGCCGUCAGAGGCAGCAGCAGCGAGUACAACCGACCAGCAAACUGCCAAAAUAUCUGCGUCAGGUCUUCUGUGGCUCUUUGCAGUGCCUCAAACCUCAGACUGAUGAUGACAGUGUCCAUGGGCAAUUUGCCAAGCUGCUGAGCGAGCUCAACAAGGAAGACGCUUCGUAUGCUCUCAGUGUUGCCAACAGGCUGUAUGGGGAGCAGUCCUAUCAGUUUAUUAAGGAUUUCCUAGCCGACACCAAAAAGCUCUACAGCACUGAGCUGGAGUCUGUGGACUUUAAAACCAAAGCGGAGGAGUCCCGGGUCCAAAUCAACAGCUGGGUGGAGGAGAAGACGCAAGGUAAAAUCACUGAAGUGCUGGGUCAGGGUGUGCUGGACGACAAGACCAGACUGGUGCUGGUCAACGCCAUCUACUUUAAAGGACACUGGGACCAGAAGUUUAAGGAGGAGUUCACUGAGGAUGCUCAGUUUAGAAUAAAUAAGAACGAAACCAAGCCGGUGAAGAUGAUGAGGCAGAAGAGUGAAUUCUCUUACAGCCUCAUACCUGAGUUCAAAAUGAAGGUUCUUGAGAUGCACUACAAAGGGAAAGACCUCAGCAUGAUCAUCUUUCUACCCGAUGACAUCGAGGAUGACACCACAGGCCUGGAGAAGCUGGAGGAGGAGCUGACGCAUCAGAACUUUGUGGACUGGACUCGACCAGACAUGAUGAGUCAGGGUGACGUGGAAGUGAAGCUUCCUCGGUUCAAGAUGGAGGAGAAGUACAACUUGAAGAGCUUCCUGGAGAAAAUGGGCAUGUCAGAUGCUUUUGAUGUCUCACUGAGUGACUUCUCUGGUAUGUCUCAGGCCAAUGACCUGGUCCUGUCUAGAGUGGUCCAUAAGGCAUUCGUGGAAGUGAAUGAGGAGGGGACAGAAGCAGCUGCUGCGACAUCUGCCGUCUUGUCCAGUCGCACUAUAAAGAUUCCUGUCAUAUUCACUGCUGACCACCCCUUCCUCUUCUUCAUCAAACACAAGCCCACCAAGCAAGUUCUCUUUGCAGGUCGAUACUGCUCCCCGGAGAAUCAAGUGAAGGAGAGCAGAGAUUUUACUACAGAUACAAUGGCGUCAGUCACCCCUCUGUCCAAGGCCAACACCACCUUCUCUCUGGCUCUGCUCAAAAACCUGGGCGAUAAUGACAAGACGGGAAAUGUCUUCUACUCUCCUUUCAGCAUCUCUUCAGCUCUGGCCAUGGUGAUGCUGGGGGCUGGAGGAAACACAGCUGCACAGAUGUCAGAGUGCUUGAAGACCCAGGAGUGUCAGGAUGAAGUCCAUACUAGUUUUGGCGAGUUGCUGAGUGAGCUCAACAAGGCAGACGCUCCAUAUGCUCUCAGUGUUGCCAACCGGCUGUACGGGGAGCAGUCCUACCAGUUUGUUGAGGAUUUCUUAGGAAACACCAAGAAGCACUACGAUGCAGAGCUGGAGACUGUUGACUUCAUCAAGAAUUUCGAGGCUACGAGAGUCAAAAUCAACAGCUGGGUGGAGAGCAAGACACAAAAUAAAAUUAAGGACGUGCUGUCUCAGGGUGUGGUGGACAGCAUGACCCGACUGGUUCUGGUCAACGCCAUCUACUUUAAAGGAAAUUGGAACAAACAGUUUAAGGAGAGCGCCACAAGAGACACCAAGUUCAGACUCAACAAGAAUGAAACCAAGUCUGUGAAGAUGAUGCACCAGAAAACUAAGUUUCCUCUGACCUACAUCCCUGAAGGCUGCUGCCAGAUCCUGGAGAUGCCCUACGAGGGAAAGGAGCUCAGCAUGCUCAUUUUCCUACCCACUAACAUAGAGGAUGAUACCACAGGGCUGGAGAAGCUGGAGAAGGAGCUGACCUAUGAGAACUUUGUGGAAUGGACUCGUCCGGACAUGAUGGACGAAGUGGAGUUGAUGGUGGGCCUGCCUCGGUUCAAGAUGGAGGAAAAGUAUGACCUUAAGAACGUCCUGAUGAGCAUGGGGAUGAGGGACCCCUUUGACAUGACGAUGAGCGACUUCUCUGGUAUGUCUCCUGCCAACGACCUGGUUUUGUCCAAGGUCGUCCACAAAGCAUUCAUCGAGGUGAACGAGGAGGGGACUGAGGCUGCUGCUGCCACUGCUGCCGUCAUGAUGCUGCGCUGUGCCUUGCGUCCAGCCGCCUUCAUUGCUGACCACCCCUUCCUCUUCUUCAUCAGACAUAACCCGUCUAUGAGCAUCCUCUUCGCUGGCCGAUACUGCUCCCCUGAGUGA